AUGAGGCCGAGCGAUACAUUAUUGGCUGUAGGUUGUGUCACAUCUUUCUUUAGCGGUGGACUUCUGAUAGCUGGAAUUUUCCCAAAGAUUCGACAUAUAACACGACUCAGUGAUAUUUUAUCACUCAUUGUGGCUGUAAUUGGGCUACCGCUGGCGGUUUUUGGCGCCUGCUUUCUCUACUGGUAUAACAACAACUACCACACCUUUUGGACAUGGUCGUGCGACAACAGAAAGAUAGAUCAUCCAGAAGCUCAAUUCAGGGUGGUUUGCGGCGAAAUAGGGUUUGCAUUCUCAAUGAGCUGGCUAGUUGCUGCUGCGGAGUCGUUGAUGAUUAUCAACGUUAUUGUUGGCUGCAUUGUAGUCAAGAGGAAAAACGGCGAAACAAGGUUAGGCGUAUAA